UCCUUCAGGUAGGAGGUCCUGGGUGACUUUGGAAGUCUGCUCCUUCUCGGCGCUGAGAUCGUCUAGUCCCGGGCCUUGCGGGUUUGCUGUUCUCUGCGUCUGGACUCGAGGCUUGUGUCGCAGCCAUGCUCCGCCAGAUCAUCGGUCAGGCCAGGAAGCAUCCUAGCUUGAUCCCCCUCUUCAUAUUUAUUGGAGCGGGAGGUACUGGAGCAGCACUGUAUGUCUUGCGCCUGGCAAUGUUCAAUCCAGAUGUCAGUUGGGACAAAAAGAAUAACCCAGAACCCUGGAACAAACUGGGUCCCAAUGAUCAGUACAAGUUCUACUCAGUGAAUGUAGAUUACAGCAAACUGAAGAAAGAAGGUCCAGACUUCUAAAUGAAAUGUUUCACUAUAAAGCUGCUUAAAAUGAAGGUCUUCCAGAAGCCAUCCGCACAAUUUUCCACUUAACCAGGAAAUAUUUCCCCUCUAAAUGCACGAAAUCAUGUUAGUGUACUGUGUUGGGGUUUACACUGAUUAAUAAAUAGUCUGAAACUUGA